AACACUUUUCAUCGAUUCAUAUAUCUCCCUCGCUCGCUGGCCUGCAACAACACUCACCCUCGAUCAUACGCUUAUACACGGCCGGCGCCAUGGAGGUGAAGGUGGUGAGCUCGAAGCUGGUGAAGCCGCGGUACCCCGAGGGCGUGCCUCUGCCGGACACGACGGAGCACGUGCCGUCCUCGGUGUUCGAUAAGAUCACGUACCACAUCCAGAUGGCCAUCAUCUACGCGUUCACGGCGCCGUCGCCCUCCACGGCCGACAUCGAGCGCGGCCUCGCCGACGUGCUGGCCGUCUACCGCCUCUUCGCCGGCCAGGUCGGCGCUGGCCCGGAUGGCUCGCCGGGUGUCCUGCUCAACGACCACGGGACGCGGCUCGUGGAGGCGCACGUGGAUGGGGCCACCCUCGCCGACGUCGCGCCGAACAAGCCCACGCCGGAGAUCCUGAAGCUGCACCCGAACCUCGAGGGGGAGAUCGAGGAGGUGGUGCAGGUGCAGCUCACGCGGUUCGCCUGCGGGUCCCUUGCCGUUGGCUUCACGGCCAACCACGCCGUCGCCGAUGGCCACGCCACCAGCGACUUCCUCGUCGCAUGGGGCCGCGCCGCGCGGGGGCUUGAUCAUGUCCGUGUCGGCCAGUCCUUGUCGCCGCCGCACAACCACCCCGACCUCUUCCGGCCGCGCGACCCGCCGGCCAUUGAGUUCGAGCACCGUGGCGCGGAGUAUGAACGUCCAGCACCAGCCAACUCCAGCCAUGAGUGCCACGGUGCUGAUAGCGUGGUCAUCCACAAGGCGCACUUCACCAAGGACUUCAUCGCCGGGCUGCGCGCCAAGGCGUCGGCAGGGAGGGGCCGGCCGUUUAGCCGGUUCGAGACCACCCUGGCCCACCUCUGGCGCACCAUGGCGCGCGCGCGUGGCCUCGGCCCCCACGAGACCUCCGCCAUCCGAGUCUCCGUCGACGGGCGGCGCCGCCUGGCCACCCCGCCAGACUACUUCGGAAACCUCGUCCUCUGGGCGUUCCCGCGCGCCACGGCCGGUGACCUCCUAAACCGGCCGCUGAAGCACGCGGCGCAGGUGAUACACGACGCGGUGGCACGGGUGGACGGCGCAUACUUCCAGUCCCUCGUAGAUUUCGUGAGCUCCGGUGCCGUGGAGCGGGAGGGGCUGGAGAAGACGGCGGUGCUGCACGACGUGCUCUGCCCGGACAUGGAGGUGGACAGCUGGCUGACGUUCCCGUUCUACGAGCUGGACUUCGGCACGGGCAGCCCGAGCUACUUCAUGCCGUCCUACUUCCCCUCGGAGGGGAUGCUCUUCCUUGCGCCGUCCUACAUCGGCGACGGCAGCGUCGAUGCCUUUGUCCCAGUCUUCGAGCACAAUCUUCAGGCCUUCAAAGAAUGCUGCUAUUCCGCGGAGUAGGAGCAGGCCAUGGCUAUGAACCAGAGAUCGUUUUUUUUUCCUUCUUGUUCAGAAUU